AUGAGGACAUGUUUGGUCUCCGCCCUUCUGGGUGCUGUGUUUGCCGAUAUCGUUCUGGCUGAUCAACCAGGACCUCUUGGACAAUGGAUGGGAGGUGGAGAUUGCCCAUGGGGAAGUAGAACAGCUUCUGGAUCGCAUCCCCAGAAUGAUAUGCCAGAUACAGGCGUUACGCGGUACUAUGACUUUACUGUCGCCCGCGGAACAUAUGCUCCUGAUGGAGUGCAACAGGCAAUGAUUGUUGUCAAUGGCCAAUAUCCAGGUCCCCUGAUCGAGGCAAAUUGGGGUGAUUGGAUCGAAGUUAAUGUUCAUAAUCAAAUCUAUGGUCCCGAAGAGCCCACGUCGAUACACUGGCAUGGCUUGAACCAGCCUGGGACUCCAUAUUACGACGGAGUCGUCACUGUCGCUCAAUGCCCGAUCGUCCCCGGUGGAAAUUUGACUUACAGAUUCCGCGCCGACGAGUUUGGUACUUCCUGGUGGCACGCCCAUUACUCUGCUCAGUACUCUGCUGGAGUCGUUGGGCCGAUUGUUGUCCACGGUCCCAACGACGCCGGCUACGAUGUCGACCUCUAUCCUAUCCUUGUUUCGGACUGGUUCCACGAUACCUAUGAGGAUAUUGUGAACUUGGUCAUGUCUCCCAGCAGCUCCGGCCAGCCAUUCCGACCUUUCUCAGACUCCAACCUCGUUGCAGGCAUCGGCCAAUAUCCUUGCGCAAAUGUCACCAACGGUGCUCCAUGCUCCGUAGUCCCAUACGCAUCAUGGGAAUUCGAGUCCGGCAAGACCUACCGUUUGCGCUUCGUCAACACAGGCGCCUCAGCAUUCGAGACCAUUUCGAUCGACGGACACCAGUUGACCGUCAUUGCCAAUGACUUUGUGGCUGUUCAGCCCUACCAGACGGAAUUUGUCACCAUUGGUGUAGGCCAACGAGUCGAUGUUCUUGUCACCGCCAAUCAGGCCCCGGGUAACUACUGGCUCCGCGCCUUCAACAGCCCCUGCGGCGACACGAACGGACCUUACGGCCAGGGAAUCAUAUACUAUACAGGAUCUGAUCCCAGCACGCCUCCGACAAGCACCGGUGCUCAACCGCCGCUCAACUCGAACUGCCAGAACGACCCUCUGGCAACCACAGUUCCCCAGUACGUCAUGCCCGUUGCCAACCCAGACACUACCAUCACUAUCACCAUUGCAGGCGCCCCUGACGCCUCGGGAGUAUUCCACUGGACCAUGAACGGAGUGAGCUACGACGGAGAUCUUUCGAGCAGCUUGCUCGCGGAAGCGAUUUCGGGACAGACCGAGUUCGCACCCCAGUACAACGUGUACAACACGGGCACCAACGGCACUGUUCGAAUCAUCAUCAUCAACACGACGCCAGCGCCCCAUCCCAUGCACAUCCACGGGCACGACUUCCAAGUCCUUGCCGAGGGUUUCGGCACGUGGGACGGCACCGUGACGAAUCCAUCGAACCCCCAACGGCGCGACGUGCACAUGCUGUGGGCGCAAGCGACGCCAGACAACCCGUCGUACAUUGUGGUGCAGUACACGCAGGACAACGCGGGAGUGUGGCCGCUGCACUGCCACAUCGCAUGGCACCUGUCGGCCGGCAUGGUGAUCAUGCUGUUGGAGCACCCGGAGCAGCUAACGGCGCUGCAGGUGCCCGACAGUGUGGCGCAGACCUGCCCGGCGUACACGACGUGGUACGCGGCCAACCCGGGCGUGGUGGUGGACGACUCGCUGCGCAAGCGCAGCCUAGGCGAGAAGAUGGUCGAGUACAUGAAGGGCGGCGUCGAGCACAUCCAGCACCUCGACAAGCACCGCAAGCGCGGCGUCCGGGGCUACAGGGGCUACGGCCACAACGCCACGGCCGAGGAUUUCCCCAACCACGGCAAGUUCAAGGGCAAUGCCACGCACAGCGGCCACGGUCACGGCACCGGCACUGCUAGUAGCGAUUCCUCUUGGGCCAGUCAUCACUCGACGCACAGCAGCAGCCACACCGGCAAGGCGACGCAUACCCCGUCCUGGUCCACCCGGCCGCACACGGGCACCGUGGGCAAGAACCUGGCCCACGAGUCCAAGAGCACUGGCAGGCCCGGGAGGAAGAGGGACGAGGUGUAA